GGGGGGAUUCGCGGUGGGCGCGCCGCGGCGCCAGUGCGUCACGCCGGCGGAGGGACGGUGGGCUGCGGCCGAGCUGCGCGUGCUGGGGUCGGACGGGCGGCGGCGGCGGGGAGCGGCCGCUCAGUCAUUCGCGCUCCGCCUUCGGGCCCCCGCGGCGCGACUAAGAGAAUGGCAUUCCCUGUGGAUUUGCUGGAUAACUGCACACAUGAGGAAUUGGAAAAUUCUGCUGAGGAUUACCUCUCCAACUUAAGGUGUGGGGACCCUGAAAAUCCAGAACGUUUUUCUAUUCUUGAUUUUACGAUUCCUAUUAGCCUGUCAAAUGUGGGUUUUGUACCUCUUUACGGCGGCAAUCAGACCCAGAAAAUUCUUGCUCUCUUUGCACCUGAGGACUCACUUACAGCUGUGGCACUUUACCUUGUUGGUCAGUGGUGGGCCAUUGAUGAUAUUGUGAGAACAUCUGAGCCUUCUAGAGAGGGGCUGAAGCAGGUGAGCACUCUUGGAGAAAGAGUGGUUCUGUAUGUUCUCAAUCGAAUUAUUUAUAGAAAACAGGAAAUGGAGAGAAAUGAGAUCCCAUUCCUGUGUCAUAGCAGUACUGACUAUGCUAAGAUUCUGUGGAAGAAAGGAGAGGCCAUUGGGUUUUAUUCAGUUAAGCCUACAGGAAGCUUAUGUGCCUCAUUUCUUACUCAGAAUUACCAACUGCCAGUUCUUGAUACAAUGUUUAUAAGGAAGAAAUAUAGAGGAAAAGAUAUGGGCCUUCAUAUGCUGGAGGAUUUUGUUGAUUCCUUUACAGAAGAUGCACUUGGCUUACGGUAUCCCCUGUCUUCUCUCAUGUACACAGCCUCCAAACAAUACUUUGAAAAGUACCCAGGAGACCAUGAACUUCUUUGGGAAGUUGAAGGUGUGGGUCACUGGCAUCAGCGAAUACCAGUCACCAGAGCAUUACAGAGAGAAGCUAUUAAAGUCACAGAUGUUUCUCAGUAUGAAGCCAAAAGGCCUGUGUCUGGAGAAUAUGGUCUUGCUGCUGUACCGGAAUAUGAACCUGGAAUGGAAGAGAGUCAGUCUAGUGAGUUGCAGAUCCAUUCCCUAAAAGAUGCCUUUGCUGGCACUUCUGAAGGUCCAGAAAAGACUCCUGUUUCCACUCGUACUCGGAGCAGUCAUCUAAAGCGACCAAAGAUUGGAAAGCGUUUUCAGGAUUCCGAAUUUAGUAGUUCUCAAGGGGAAGAUGAAACCUCUGCCCAGACCACACCUAUGGCUUCCAUAAACAAAAUAGAGUAUGCUGCACGAACAUCAGAGAGCUCAGAAGAAUUCCCUGAAGAAGAACCUGAGCAGAGAGUGGUUGAAUCUGGGGAUGAGAGCAGCGACAAUGAUGCACAGUCUGCCCUGGGAACUCAGCCACGCCUGCAGAAGCAGGAGAGGGACAAAGACUCUGCGUUAGAGCCAGUGAAUGGUGAGGUAAUGGACGCUGCUCUCAAGCCCUCCCUUAGAGCUGAAGAGGAGGACUCCACCAGUGAGGGGCUUGAAGAAGAGGGGAAAGGGCCACCUUUUAAUUCCAGUGGAGAGCCUGGGCAUUCUGUUCCACUGGUAGCAGAGUCUUCAAAAGCGUCUGAGGCUACACUAGACAAGACCUCACCUGUCACUGAGUCAGAAAUGUUGACCGAUCAAGGCCCAUCUGACGAUAAAGGCCAUACUCAAGAAAAUCUGUCCCCAGUUUCAAGAAAGAAAACACUUCUGGGGAGCUCAGACAAUGUUGCCACUGUAUCAACUGAAGAAAAGUCCGAUGGUGAUUUUCCAAAUUCUGUGGUAGCAGAAUUUCCUGAAGGUCCAGUCUCUGAGAAUUUAUCACCCAACACUACUUCCUCAGUGGAAGACCAGAGUGAGGAGGGGGUACCUGAGGCCCAGGAACCAUCAGCAACUCAGAGUUCUCUGAUAGAGGUAGAACUUGAGGACGUGUCAUUUCCACAGAAUGCAGGACAGAAGAACCAGUCAGAGGAGCAGUCUGAGGCAUCUUCUGAGCAACUGGAACAGUUUACACAGUCAGCAGAGAAGGCCGUGGAUAGCAGCUCAGAGGAGAUCGAGGUGGAAGUUCCUGUAGUAGAUAGGCGCAGUCUGAGAAGAAAGGCCAAGGGGCAUAAGGGACCUGGCAAAAAGAAAGCCAAGCUGACCUGAAUGAAGGAGAAUGCCGUUCAUAAAUUCUCUUUGUUGUUGAUUUUAAACCAUGGUUAAUAAAUAAACAGUGUGUGGAGCACAGGACAAAAUCUAAAAUUUCAAUUUGAACUUAUUUACAGAUGCAGGUUUUCUCUUUUAGAACAAGGAUUGGCCAUUCUUUUUCAUUUUUCAUGCUAUUUUCUGUAGGUAACUUUCAUUUAUGAACCAUAUGUCAAUUUUGGAAAUCCAAGUCAUAUUUUUCUUCAGUAGUUCGAACAUCUAAUCAUUAAUAUUUUAAAAAUAUAACAAGAAAAAAAAUACUAGACUCUUUUAUACUAAGGGUUUUAAUGGUAAAACUUGGUAAGUGUUCUUAAAGUUUUAUCUUAGUAUCAAACCCAGUGUCCAUCUUUUAAGUGUAGGUGUACCUAAACAAACUGUGUCAGUUAAAUAUCAAGUAAGAGGACAAAAAUAGACGUUUAUGAAGAUGAUUGUUUUUAUUUCUUACUGUUAGUUGUAGAUGGAGUUCAAGUCUGUGAGUAGUAGUCUAGACUUCAUAACAUCUGGUGUUAAUAGUACUGUUAAAGAUUUAACUGUGUUGUGUGGGUACAAAAUUUAAAAUUCCACAUGAAGUAUUAGUUUGCUAUAAUUUUUUUUCUCUGUAUUUGCAGAUGCUGAAAAAUUUGAGUACACCUUUAUCUUUUAAACACCUCAAGUAAUUGGAUUUAGCAUAUAGUUUAAUUUGGACUGUGGUCCUGAUCACAGAUAAUGCAGAAGUAUAGGCCCCUUCCCAAGCCUCCUUAAUUCUACUGCUGUCUUAACUCGACCCAGCUUGCCAGUUAUAUCCUUGUAUCCAUUUUUGGAUAGGUCUAGAACUAUAUCCAACCACCUAAGCCUAGGUGGAAGGAGUAAAGCUGCCCUGUGAGAUGCUCAAAUGCCUAAAUUCUGACUGUGCUGUCCCUUUGGGUCUUAAUACUUUAGGUGUAUUCAGAGCACUGGCUGCAGGCCCCCUGUACGUACUUUAGGUGUAUUCAGAGCACUGGCUGCAGGCCCCCGUAUAUGUACUUCAUCGCUGUGACAUGAGCGUUUGAUUUUUCUUUUUCCUGUGUAGCUUUGACUGGCCUGCACUUGCUCUGUAAACCAGGCAGACCUCCAGCUCACAUCUGUCUCUGCCUACUGAGUGUUGGGAUUAAGGGUGUGCAACCUGGAUAUUUGAUAUUUUAGAAAUAUUUUUUUUAAUGACAAUUGGUUUUAAAAUGAACAAAAUGGUUAUUCUUAGAAUUCAUAGAGAAUUGGCCACUAGUACUUGGGAAAUACCAUGUACUAUGAUUUGUGUUUCAGUUAGACACUAUUUAGAGACCAGUUAGAUUUGUUUUUGAAACAGCUUGAACCUUGUGAGAGAAAUGUUGGGAAUUUAAAUCAUCAUUUGAAGUGCUUGAGUUUAUGUUUGUCCAUUCAGUCUUCAGUCAGCUGAUACGGUGACUUCAUGUCUUACAGUUUAUUUAGGGAUGCUGGCAUUUUAGAAAAGUCUUAGUUCAGAUCUUAAAGCAGCAGACCAAAUAGCAAACCCUUGUAUGAAGUCAGAACACUUGCACUUACCUGUUGUUUUCAUUUUGGUUAGAUGUUAGUUUCACUUUAAGCAAAAUUUAUACUUUGACCACUCUUUCUCAGUAUAUGCUGAUGCGCUAAGUUAUAAGAUAGACAUGACUAAUGAUUUGCCAAAUGCUGAUGGUGGUGUUUUACACAUUUAGAGAAAUUUGUUAAUAUCUCAACUAGGGAUAGUAACUGAAGGGUCUGUUAAGAUUCACAAACUUAAAUCCCGUUUCUCAUUCUUAACACACACUUAAAAAUUUCUGGGUAUGUUGUUUUGCUACUGUUCCCCUUACAUUACAUUCUUUAAAUGAGUGUUUUUAAGAGAUUGCACUCACUGGCAGCUCAAUGUAUGAAUGGUCUCUAGAGUUAAAGAAAAAUAUUCACAUGUCACACUGGGUACUAGCAGUAUACACUUAGACUUCCUAAAGUUGUUUGAUAUAAAUGGGAUUCAAAGCAGUUUCAAAACAUUUUGUUUAGCAUACAAGAGAACUUGUUACUUCUUGUCUGAGACAUAAGUUGAAGUUUGUAUAGAUCAUAGAGAAGUUAGGUCACAGGAAAAAUCUUUCAUAUUCAGUAACAUGUUUAUAUAAAAUUUGUAACAACAUUUAUGUUUAGUAGGGAAUCUAAACAGACAUAGCUUUUGCAAGGCAUGAGGACUGCAGUGAUUUCAAGCAGCCAUUUGUGGAGAGCUCAGUCCCAUUCUACAGUCUCUUGUGAACUGGUACUUUCUGUUUCAGAGUCAUGACUGUGGAGAAGGAAGCUCCCUUCUGGUGUAUAUACAUAUAUAUUUCCUUAUGUAACAUAGCAGAUGAAUAUUACCAGAAGUUUAGUUCUACUUUCAAACUUAAAACUGUUAAACCACACAAAAGUUUAUUUAAGAAUUUUAUUGUAAAGCUCCUUUAAAACUUUUAAAGAGAUUCUAUUAUGAUUUUUUUAAAUAAAGUCAAAUGGCACGACUUAGAAUGUCA